AUGGCCCCUGCGGUCUGUUUCUGCAUUAAAUACAAGAAAACUAUCAUCAUCGCCACCCUGGCUUCUUCAAGUGACAUCCGAGAAAAACUGCGAAAGAAACGACGAGCUCUGCAGGACACGUUGGUGAAAAACAAAGAUGAGGACGACGUCCAGCAGGAGCCUCAAAGCAGCGAGGAAGACCCAGGAGAGACACUGAAACGCACCAUAAGAGCGCAGAGACAGAGGCAGAAGAAGAGGGUGCUUGAACGGUCUUCAGCCCAGGAGUCCUGUGACGAUGAUGUGGAGGAGAUCUCCACCGUUCAGCCCCACAGUGGAGAUGAAGGAUCAGCUGUGUUAUCGUCAAGACCUCCGCUCGGCUCUCUGAGAGGACUCCCCUCAAAAACUCAGCACCCUUCUGGCUCUCAACAUUUAGACGAUUCUGUGACACGACGUUUGGAAGAGAAGCUGAGACUAGCCAGAUCUAAAGGCGAGAGCCUUCAGCAGCAGGAGGAGGCCUCUCUCGAGCCAGCCAGUCGCCUACAAAGCCUCAGAGACAGAGACACCGUCACAAGGUUUGAUCGAGAGGUUGAUCCGGACAGAGCAGGAAGACAUGAUGCCCCUCUGACCCUCGGCACCGGGGUCAAGUUCAGAGAAGCAGCAAAACGAACACAAAAAGACCUACCGACCGCCGAGGAGGCAUACAAUUUCUUUACAUUCAACUUUGAGCCGGAGCCACAGGAUAGCACUGAGAAGGUCAGCAGGAAAAGCCAAAAACAGAAAAAAGCAGCUGAGCCAGACAGAGAUGGAGAAGGAGGAGAAGACGUUGAAGACGCUGAAGUAGAUGAAGAUAAUCAAGAUGAAAAUGAAAACCAGAAUGAAGACGCUCCUUUAGUUCGAGAUGAAGGGGAGGAUUUAUUCGUCAUUGAACAAUCAUCCAAGGACUUCCUGGAGGUGAAGAAAGCCGAGUAUGUUGGGUACAGAACACUUGUUCAGCGAGAAAGUGAGCUCCUCUUCACGCCAAGUUUUCAAACAGUCCCGACCUCCAUUAAACUGCCUGAAAACAUGAAGCCUCGUUAUCUGGAGGACGAGGGUCUGUAUGUCGGGGAGAGGCCGAUUAUAUCCCUGACCAAUGAGAACAUUCUGGAGAACCGCAUUUUGAAAAUGGAGGAGGGAAAGAAGUGGUUUGGAGAUGACGGCAGGAUCAUGGCUCUGCCUGACCCCAUAAAGGAAUCGUCCACCAGACCCCCUCUCUUCAACAUGGAGGAGGACCUGGACCCUGCGCUGCAAACUGUGUACAGGAAGCCGCUCAAGUCCAAAUAUGCGAAUCUGUACAUCUCUGGAGCAGCGGACCCUGAGGGAGACUACCAGCUGGAUGUUGAUGUCUCCGGGCUGAUCUUCUCCCAUCACCCACUCUUUAGUCGUGAGCAUGUCCUGGGGGCCCGCCUAGCUCAGCUGUAUGAUCAGUACCUCACCAGGCAGCACAAUAAUCUGACAGGACACCUCACCGACAAGUUGAAUGGAUUGAGGAGUGCGCUGCGGAAUAUGCUUGACAUCCAUGGCAGGCAGGGCCUCACUCAAGCCAUGCAGCAGAGGAUAUCUGAGUACAGUCUGGAGGUUAGGAACACUCGGCACCUGCGAGACAGUGAGCAGGAGAAAGACAGGACUCUGCUGAAGAACAUAGUUAAAGUGUGGAAGGAGAUGAAGGCCCUGAGAGACUUUCAGAAGUUUACCAACACACCCUUUAAGCUCUACCUCAGGAAAGAGACUGUGGACCGGACGUCAGACGAGCGAGAGUACGAAGAUGAAAUCUUGGCAGAGGUUGUGGAAUUGGAGGCAGAGAGCGAGGAGGACUACCAGAAACAGCUGGCAGAGUACAAGAAACAGCUGGAGGAGUGGAAGCUCCGGAGAAGGAAACAGAAAUCCAAGAAGAAAAAGAGAAAAAAGAAGAAGAAAAGUCAAGCACAGGACGGCACAGAAGAAGAAGAAGACGAGGACCAGGAGGCGAGCGAAUCAGAAGGGCCCGUUGAAGAAGAACCUUCGAAACCGGAGCCUCCAGAGAAGCCAGACUUUGACUCCAUAGAGCAGCGGGUCAGAGAGAAAGCCUCCAAGAUACGAAGGAAACCGGGAGAGGCCAUCUUGAUCCCUGAGCUGUCCGCAUCUGGAAACAUCACCGCCAGUGAACUCUGCCCCAGGGCUGAAAUAGCACGAAGAGAGGAUGUUGCAAGGCGAUCUCUUUUCACCAAGAUCCUAUAUAAUGACAAAGAAGUUUCCAGAACGGACAGCCGCUCCCUGAACACUGAUUUCAGAGUGCACUUCGGCCAGAUUUUCAAUCUCAAGAUAGUUAACUGUCCCCAGAGCAUUAAUUUGCAGGUGUUUGAAGAGAUUGGCUCAUCGUGCUCCCUCCUGGCUCAAGUGUUUGUUCCGGUGCCAGAACCCUCAGUUGUGACGGGCAACGUUCCUCUGGAGGAAUUUGAGUUCAGCAGCAACCAGAGAGUGAUGUUCGACCACGAGGGUGUAGGAAGUGACGUGCCCCUCUCCUUUGAGGCUGAUGGCAGUAACAAACAGACCCUGUUGACCUCCGGGAAGUUGUCAUGCUGUGUUUCGUGGGGGAUUGGGGAUGACGAUGUACCACUCGCCCCGCCUGUGUCUCAGCAACCUGCCGGCAUACACAGUGGCUUGGGCCGCCUCGAUGCUGUCUCAUAUAUUGGGGCAUCUGGACUGUACGACAUGAAAAAAAUUGGAGAGUGGGCCACACAGUCCCGACUGGACCCCAACGAUCCAAAAAAUGCCUCCAUCAUGCAGCUGCUAAAAGUGGCCAGCAGUGGAGAAGUAACAGCUCCAGAGUACUUUCGGCUUGAACAGCUGCAGGAGGAGUUUAACUUUGCGGUCGAUGAAGACUUGGAGAGAUCCAAAAGAUUUCGCCUGCUCAGGCUCAGGAACCAGGAAGUUCCAGAGUUUCGUAAUUACAAGUGUGUCCCUCCUCUGGAAAGAGAGGUCACUGAUAAGGUGUUCCAGGAUUACGAGAAGAGGCUGAAAGACGGAGAGAUAAUCGACACCAAAGAACAUCUGGAUUCACACCGAGCCUUAGUAGCCAAAUACCUUCAGAAGAUCAGAGAAUCAGUCAUCAACAGAUUCAUUCUCGCUAAGCAUCACUAUCUUCUGUCUGACUUGGUGAUUGAAGAGGAGAUACCAAACAUCGGGAUCCUGGGAAUAAACCUUUUUAAGCUGGCUGAACCGAAGCGACCGCUGAAACCUCAGAGGAAGGAAAGAAAGAAGGUGACGGCUCAGAAUCUGUCUGACGGAGACAUCAAAGUGCUGGUGAACAUCAUCCGGGCGUACGACGUCCCCGUCCGGAGGCCCCAGAGCAAUAAACCGGGACAAUCGUCUCAGAGUGCAAUCCAGGACAGUGAUUGGCUGCUCUACCAGGUACAAGUGAGGCCCUUUGUGGAGGUUUCCUUCCAGCGCACAGUACUUCAAACACACACAGCCGAUGGACCAAACCCCUGCUGGAACGAGGAGCUGCAGCUUCCGUUUAGUGCGCCCAAUGGUGACUACAGCUCUGCUAGCUUGCAGUCAGUCAAAGAUGAGGUGUUCAUCAACAUAUUUGAUGAGGUGGUUUAUGAGACUGGAGUGAACGACAAGGACAAAGGGAGGUCGAUACACACCUGGGUUGAGAAGCACUGGCUGGGCUCUGUCAAGAUUCCUUUCAGCACCAUUUAUUCUCAGUCCAGGAUUGAUGGAACGUUCAAGGUGAAUACGCCAGCAGUGUUGCUCGGGUACAGUAAGGAGCGGAGCCACGGCAAAAAUGGCGGUUAUGAUGCUUUGCGGAGUCUGUCCGAGGGAGCGUUUAUCACGCUGUUCAUCACUAUCGAACCUCAGCUGGCGCCCGGAGAGUCCAUCAGGGAAAAGUUUGACAGCCAGGAGGACGAGCAUUUACUGCAGGCUUCAGAAAGGUUUGAGAAGGAUGCGGCGCAGGGUUACCCGAACCGACCCUGCAUUACCACCGUCAUAGACCUCAAUGGGAAGACGGUCUUCAUCACGCGUUACAUUCGAGCGCUCAACCCACCGCAGGAGUUGCUGGAUGUGUUUCCGAAUAACCCCCAGGAGACCACGGCGCUGGUUGCACGAUUCGUCUCGCUCAUCCCUUCUCUGCCGGACAGAGUUUCGUUUUCUGGCGCCUGCGACUUGUGGAGCACCUGUGACCAAUUCCUCACCCUCCUAGCAGGAGAUGAAGAAGAACAUGCUGUACUGUUGUGCAAUUACUUCCUGUCUAUGGGCAAGAAGGCCUGGCUUAUAAUUGGCACUGCUAUUCCAGAGGGACCCACAGCGUACGUCCUGACUUACGAGCAGAGCCGCUACCUGAUCUGGAACCCCAGCAGUGGUCAGCACUACGGACAGUAUGACACCUUCUGCCCGCUGAAAACAAUUGGUUCGCUGGUCAAUGCUGACAACGUGUGGCUUAACAUUCAAGAAUAUACGUCACCGAUGACUAUGAGUUUUGACGUCACGAAAGCCAAUUUGUGGAAGCCGUUCUUCUCCCGAUCCUUCUCUCACCCCGGGCUGUCGAGCGUACAACCGGAGGAGCUGGCGUAUCGACGCACGGACAAAGCAGCUGCAGCAGAGCUUCAGGACAGAAUUGAGAAGAUCCUGAAGGAGAAGAUCAUGGAGUGGCGCCCCCGUCACCCAACCCGCUGGAACCGCUACUGCAUCACCACCCUGAAACAAUUCCUGCCCAAACUGGAGCUGAGCGGAGGCCGAGACGUGGCUGAGGGGCAUCGCCACGAGCUGCAGAGUCUGCUCGGAGACAACAGGAUUUCAGGAUUCCCCCUGCACAUGCCAUUCUCUGAGAUCCGGCCCAUCAUAGAGGCGGUGUACAGCACCGGAGUUCACAACGUUCAGGCAUCAAAUGUGGAGUUUGCUCUGGCCGUGUACGUGCACCCCUAUCCUAACAACGUCCUGUCUGUGUGGGUGUAUCUGGCCUCGCUCGUUCGCGCGUGAUACAAGAGACACUAAUCUGACUGUUUACUGUAACUGUUUGUACACUGUUGUAUAUAAUGUAAAUCAGGUAAAUCUUGAUAUCACAGAACCAGUUUUAUAUUUAUACAGAUACAUCUUUCUGAACCUUACAUUCAGCUGUUUGACUGUCAGAUUGUCACAUUUUUUUGAGGAUUGUGUUGCUUUUGUAUUAAGAUGCCUUUCCAUUAGUUUCUUAAUAUGUCGACGUACACUGACCGGCCACUUUAUUAGGUACGCUUGUACAAUCCAAUAUGAUAAACUCUGCCAUAGCUUUAACAUUUAUGAAGCUCAUUAUAUUUCAGUUUUUGUUGAUAUUGUCAGAGUUAUAUUAAUUUAACUAUACUAUUAGAGUCAAACUGGACUGCGUCAUAUUGCGAUGUGUUUCUAAUCUUUUGGCCACCACACUCCUGUACAACAACAGUACCCACUAAGACCUCAAUAAUAAACAUAAAGUAAAAGUAUGACCUCUCUGACAGUGUCAACUAAAGCUGAAACAUUAUAUGCUUCAUAAAAGUAGAAUUCAUGGCAGUUGUUGUUGUUAGGGCUCAAUACAUGAAAGUGAAUGAUUUAUUGCAGAGCUGUUGAGUUGGGUUGCAUUCAGUUUUACAAAACUAUAAUAGAUCAGUAGACUGAGCUGUUAAAAUGUUUUCUACUGGUGUUUUUUUAAAUGUGUUGAGACUAAAAUAUCACAUAUGUAAGUUUUUCAGUGUUAUGCUUCACUUAACUGUGUGUACAGAAUAAUUAAAAACGAUCAAAAACAGAGCUUUCAACCCCAAGAUACUUUUUAUUCUGUUUAUGAAUCGAACAUUUCCAAUAGAACUCCUCAUGCAAGACUCUUGAACAAGCAAAUAAAUCCUGCUGCAGAAUGAUUAAAGAUGAAGUACAAUCUACUGAAAUGUGACCAAGCACACAGUCUGCUUCUCCCAGUCUGAGGAUCUUUACUCUGAAGCCUUCAGCUUCUCUCAAAGCUCUUCACUACCAGGCGCAUUAAAACCCUUUUCUAUGAACAUUGGUCCAUUUCUUCAGCCACAAUGUCGGAGUGCAUAAAGAAAAAUAAAAAGCUUGUUUUGGUGACUAAGAACAAUCUGGUUCCACUAAGUUGGACAAAAUGUUUAAGACUAUACUGCAACAUCAUGUACCAGUUCCUAUGCUGUGUACAUGCUUUACUGGUGUCUCAGUAACUUAACGGUGGCCGAGCUCGCACCAGCAGUGAACUGAACAUCAAGGUAUGAAAACACAGAUACAGUUCCGACCCGUAACCGUUAACGAGAUGACAGCCGUCUAUAAAGGGGAGGCAGCUCAGUUCACGCCUGUUUCAUUUCCCACAUCAACCUCUAAAAACAAAUGACAAAGCUUCUUU